AAGGUUGGCUCCUGUCGCUAGGGCCGUAUGUGCUCAGAAGUGUGUAGGCUGAAGAAGCCAGCAGUGAGAGACUGGUAAUGGGGAUGACCCUGACGUGGUGUCUGGGAAGUGACUAGAAGCUUCUAGGGGAGGGUCCUGUGAGAAGGGUGUGUUGGGAAAUAGGUCAAAAGAUCAAGUUCCCGUUCCCUGAGGCCAAGAGGUUCCUAUUUCAGGCUUCUGUCAAAAUUCAAGGUAAGCAUCAAGGUGUUUGCAGCGACCUGGGAGACAGACACACUUCCACAGAGUGUAUACAGGCUGGGAGAACUUGCUAGUGUCCCUGUUCUGCGUCUGAAGCUGAGGCUCUGUUUGGACUUUGAGACCAGUACAACACCACGCCCCGUGGGUACUUAGUGUGCCCCAUCUGCUUCUGACAGAGCUCAGUCAGAGAUACUACGUUUUUCCUUUCAUUUUCACUUUUUUGCUCAUGAGAGUGUAUGAGGAGGUCCAGAGCCCAUGGGGCUCCUGGCCUACAGUGUCUUGAUCAAGAAAAUGGAACAUAUCCCAGGAUGGGGGUCAUCACCCUGGAGCCAGGCCCCUACAGACAACACCUUCAGGCUGGUGCUGUGUGUCUUCCUUUUGAACUUGCGUAUCUCUGCCCAGCCCUCAUGCAGACAGGAGGAGUUCUCUGUGGGGGACGAGUGCUGCCCCAUGUGCAACCCAGGUUACUACGUGAAGCAGGUCUGCAGUGAGCAUACAGGGACAGUGUGUGCCCCCUGUCCCCCACAGACAUAUACCGCCCAUGCAAAUGGCCUGAGCAAGUGUCUGCCCUGCGGAGUCUGUGAUCCAGACAUGGGCCUGCUGACCUGGCAGGAGUGCUCCAGAAGGAAGGACACUAUGUGCAGAUGCAUCCCUGGCUACUUCUGUGAGAUCCAGGAUGGGGACCACUGUUCCACAUGCUUGCUGCACUCCACCUGCCCUCCAGGGCAGAGGGUACAGAAGAGAGGUACUCAUAGCCAGGACACUGUAUGUGCUGACUGCCUAACAGGGACCUUCUCACUUGGAGGGACUCAGGAGGAAUGCUUGCCCUGGACCAAGUGCAGUAUAUUUCAACAGGAAGUAACACGUGGGACCAGCAGCACAGACACCAUCUGCUCCUUCCGGGUUAUCUACUAUAUCAUGGGACUUGUGAUAGUGGGAGUAGGAGCUGGGAUAGCUGUAUUCCUCAUCCGAAAGCGAAGACAGCUGCACACCAGCCCAGUGGCCCGGGAACUGGAGCCUUUCCAGCAGGAGCAACAGGAGAACACUAUCAGGUUUCCAGUCAUGGAGGUUGCGCUUGCUGUGACCGAGGAGACAACCUCCAACUGCACAAACUCUGGAUGACGAGACACCUAGGAGACCUUGGUGGGAAGCUUUCAUAUGCCAGAGGGGCAUGGCAGGUGUCCUGGGCUGCUUUAGCAUCACACAACAGUGGAGAUGUGGUCAUGGAUCAGGGUCUAGGAGUUGCUUUGCCAUUCUUAGUAUUAAACGGGGCCAUCUGCUCCCAUCCAAAUGCUAAGAGGUGGUGGUCCAAAAGUCCGUAUUGGUGACAGCUACCCCUGGCCCUAUGUCUUACUUCCCGGCUUUUCCAAUCAGCCCAUAACAGCUCUGCCUGUCCUGGAAAUGUUAAGCCUAGGCCUGCUUAUCCAGUGCUGAGCACUGCCUCCUGAGACCGGGGUGCGUGUGGUGAGACAUGAAUAUGUUAUUGGUGGAUCUUAUUUUGAAGUUUCUGGGGCUGGAAUCUUGCCCACACCAGGCAAGUGCUUUAUUCCUGAGCCACAUUCUCAAGACUCUUUCUGCUUUUUACCUUUUCUGAGGCAAAGUUACAUGAAAUUCUCUGGGCCAACUAUGGACUCCUUCUGUAUCUUGGGCAAGCCUCAAACUUGACCCUUCUACCUCUGCUUUCCAAAUAACACUGUGAUUACCUGCGUGAUCCUCCAGACUUGGGGGUGGGGGUGGGGCGCCAAUGCUUUCUAUUCUUCUCUUUUGUGCGUGUGUGUGUGUGUGUGUGUGUGUGUGCGCGUGUGUGUGUGUGUAUGUGUGUGUGCACAUGCAUGCAUGCAUAUGCUUGUGGAAACUAGAGGUCAAUUUGGGGUUAUGUGCCUCUGUGUGUGUGUGUGUGUGUGUGUGUGUGCGCGUUUUACCCCUUUUUUUCUGCCGGUCCCAGAAAAUCAAGUUUUACUCUCUCACUGUUUCACCAGCCCCAGAGAGUUUUUGGCAGGCCCCAGAGAACUAGGUUUUACACUCUCAGAGAAAAGUCUGCUGAGGGAUUGAUUAAUUGCUGGCUUCACACCUCUCCUCAGUGUACCUGAUCAGUCGAAGCUGGCCUUUGACCACUUGUUCCUUAGUAGCUAGCCAUCUGGAGCUAGCCUGAGCCUCACCAAUUCAGCUACAUUGGCCUACCACUGAGCCCGGAACCCCAGGUACCCCCUUGGCUCUUCUCAGUGUUGGGAUUAAAACACACAUCACUAUGUCAAACUUUUAAAGUGAGGAUGGACUCAGUUUUGGGAACGCAGGUCCUUAUGUUGUGGGGCAUGCACUGUAGUAACUGAACUAUGAGUUUCUAAGUUAUUUUCUACUUGUCAUAGAAAAUAAAUAUUUUUGUUACAUGA